AUGGCCGACGAAAGCAAACCUCCGUUUCCCCCAUUUACGCUGGAAACCGCGAAAAUCAAAGUCAAGGCCGCCCAAGACGCCUGGAACACAAAGACGCCGGACAAGGUCAAGAUGGCAUACACGCCCGACACCAUCUGGCGCAACCGCGAUCAGUUCCUCCAAGGCCGCGACGCGGUCCGCAAGUUUCUGGCCGACAAGUGGGCGACGGAGAAUGGCUACCGCCUGCGCAAGGAGCUCUUUGCGUUUACGGACAACAAGAUUGCGGUGCAGUUUUGGUACGAGUGGCACGACGAGAGGGGCCAGUGGUGGCGCACGUACGGGCUCGAGGACUGGACGUUUGCGGAGAAUGGGCUGAUGAGGAAGCGUCAGAUGAGCGGCAACGAUGUCAGGAUUGGGGAGGAGGAGCGGUGGUUCAAGGACGGGGUGGAUGUGAAUUCCGUAGAUAUUGAGGAGCGUCAUUGGUAG